CUUGGCGUUACAAGCGCCGUGCUCUACCAGCUGAGCUACAGAGGACCACAUAUAGCAAAUAUUACGGUAUCGGUGAGGAUGCACUGGCCACCGUGGAGAGCGUGGACCGUGUUGUCACGGUUGAGGAGGAUAAUGAGCCCACCCUGGACCAGGAGGACCCAGUCCUUGUUCAGUAUGUGGUUGAGGAGGUUGGGCACCGGCCCUGUCUGGCUUUAAUCCCUUGGUCUGGACCUCUGUGGGUUCCCAGCUCUCCAACAUAUUACCUUACCCAAGCUGGGAGGAUGCUGGUGAGAGAGCUGGCAGUGUUAAACACGCAGAUAUUCACAGUGGAGCAGCCCAUUUUCAUCUGUUUCACUCCUGCUAGGAGGAUGGUAUGGAAUGAACUGUCCUCUCAAAAUGAACAGUAUGUGGAUGAGGAGGUUGGGCACCGGUCCUGUCUGGCUUUAAUCCCUUGGUCUGGACCCUUGUGUGUUCCUAUCUUUCCUGUCUUCUCCAAGGCCAAACCAGUCUACUACCUCACUCGUGCUGGGAGAAUGCUGGUAACAGAGCUUGCAGUGUUAAACACACAGACUUCCAAAUUGGUUAUUGAGGAGCCUACCAUUCACCUCACUGAAGCUGGGAGGCUAGUGCUUGACGAACUGUCAGCACCUUCAGAUAGCCAUUCACAGCCAAAUAGGGAAGACUCUGGUUUUCCCUAUGAGAAGUUGCAGCUGGUUGGGAACUGGGGUUCGUUUCAUUUCCAUUACUGGAAUAUCCAUUAUGGACGAGUGCAGCAAAAUGAAGAGGACAUGCAUCACCUGUGCAUUGUGAGGGGAGUAGAGAAGCAGCUGUGGUGGAGCAGAGUCAUCCAGGAAAAAAUCCUGGACCCAUGGGGUCUCGUCCAGGUGGUCCUCACCAACAAGAAGCUGACUGGUAUUAAGUUCCUUGGUAGAAGGAUCCAUGGACUCAUGUCCUGCCUUGUCAAGAGGAGGUCUGAGUUCACCUAUUAUGAGGAUGCCCAGCAGGUGGAUAUCUCCACCACAGUGGAGGGGUACCAGGAGAGGGGGGAUGAGAUGAUGGCAUAUCAGUUCUCCACCUCUGACAUCAUCACCACCCCUCAUGAGCCGUCCUCUGGCUCCUCUCACCAGUUCCCCCAGAAUUCUACGCCUCCCCCUUUCCCUUCCGAUUCCCCUCCCAGUCCCCCUCCACCUUACCACUCCACCCAGGACCAGGACCAGACCCCUGACAGCACUCCUCAGGAGUUUGAGGAGGAGUUUGUGGAGGAGCAAAAUAAUGCUGCAGAUGUGCCCCAGUUGCGGCGUUACUUUGAAAACCAAGGGACAACCAACUUCUCUCUGAGGCUGGCCGGUAUCAGACGUGCUAUGGAGGCUCUGACAUCCUCUGACAGUACCUCCCUCAAUUACCUCACCCACGCUGGGAGGAUGGUGUUGAGUGGACUAUCCGAGCUCAACCAGCAGAUUGACCGCAUCAACUUCGCAGAUGUUUUUUAUGAAUUCGUUCUACUAAGCCUUCUAGAAGGAAAGACAUCUCUUCCUAUAUCUAAGCCUGGUAGCUUCCUUUAUCUGCUCCUGCAAGUCAUAAUGAGGAUUGACCCUCCUGGAGGAGCCUGGACAGAGGCUGCUGAGAACUUCUACCUCCUCGUUAAGGGCCAGAUGAAGGCAUGGCUAGAAUCCAUCUUCAACCUCAAUGAGUCAAUCUAUGAAAGCCCAGAGAGGCUCUCGGGGAGGUGA